AUGGACAAGUCCAAAUUGCGUGUUGUCUUGGAGUACGAGUUCCGCCGUGGAAGCACCGCAGCACAGGCAGUUCGGAAUAUCACCGUCGUCUUUGGAGAGGAUGCCCCUAACGAACGAACAGUACGUCGAUGGUUUGCAAAGUUUGAAUCCGGCGACUUCGAUCUUCAAAAUGAGUCGAGAGGACGGCCCGAGUGCAAGCUGAACAACGAUGAGCUUAAAGCCGUAGUGGAAGCUGAUCCCACUCAAAGUACUCGAGAAUUAGCGGCAAAGUUUGGAGUAUGUAAGGUGACGAUCUCGUCUCAUUUGAAGCAAAUUGGCAAGAGUAGGAAGCUGGACCGUUGGGUACCGCACGACUUGAGCGAUCGUCAGAAGAGGGUCCGCCUUGAGGCUUGCCUUUCCUUACUUUCUAGGCAAAAAAGCGAGCCUUUCUUACACCGUCUCGUCACAUGUGACGAGAAGUGA